AGUACGACAAAGAUUGAUAAAUGAAGAACAAAGCAUUAAGGCUAGUGAAGAAGCAAAGCGUCAGAGAGAGUUAAGAAAAUUUGGUAAAAAAGUUCAAGUAGAAAAAAUUCAAGAACGGCAGAAAAAGAAAAAAGAAGAUUUGGAAAAAAUUAAAGUCAUGAAGAAAAGUGAU